AUGGAUUUCACAGGGAAACGUCGUAUUUCGGAAGCUUCGGAUGGCGGAGCGGAAGCCUUUUGGCAUGACAUACGUUUGCUGUACUCAGCUGCACAGUCUCUUGAAUUACCAAUGAUCCGCAGUGCGGCAUUCCAUGUUCUUCUGGACGGCAGGGCCUCCCGCUUUGGCGACCUUUGGUUCGUUUCAGGGGUUCUUCAGGCUGAUUGGUUUGAAACUUCUGCCUCGACUUCGAUGCGCACACCUACCUCAGUUGUGGUCAAGAUUUCCGAAGCCAUGUACCAGGCAGUUGCGCGGCGGUCGCCUGUUCUAAGGAUUCUGCAGGCGAACGUUGAGUCCGGUCCUAGUGGACCGGUCAUCGACACCACAACAGGACGAGCGGUGCUAGCCGGCGCCACUGCACUUCGACAGGACACUACAUUGGAGGUCGCGGAGGUUUUCUGUGGAGGUUUCAAUGGCUGGAGCCAGGGGGUCAGGGUUCUUCGCACUUUUGGUUACUCCUGUGGGGUUAAGUGGUUGCUGGACACAGAUGAAGAUUGCUAUGAAGGCACCCGGCAAAACCACCCGUCACUACAUAAGGUUUUUAACCAAACGGAGCUUGUCGACGCCAGCGAGACGGCCGAACCGGCCUACGUUUGUGCAAGCUUGGAGCAUGUGUGGUGGGCCCAAGGGCCUGCACUCACCCAUCCCAGCAUACUUUGUGCAUCACCGCCCUGUCAGCCCUGGAGCACAGGUGGCAAAGGCUCAGGCCUGGAGGCCCCUGAUGGGCAACUCAUGUUGCAUCUCUUCGGUCAGUUGGCUUUCUUGCAGGUGCCAGUGGUCUUGCUGGAACAGGUCCCAGGCUUCAAGGUGCAUGCCCACUACCCAGUCGUGCAAAAGGCUUGGGAGGAAGCAGGCUACUCGGUCUGCUGGACGCAGACCAUUGACCUGGUUGAGGUCGCCCCGGCUUUUCGUAAGCGGCUUCUCCUUGUGUUGGUCCAUAAGGGCACGCCGGCGCCUUCACUCGUUGCCGAUUGGCCGGUCUUGCCAAUGCGUCCCACCUUGGGUUCCUUUGAUUGCCUGCCUGAGCAUCCGCUGGCUUUACUUCGCGCAAGCUUGUUGCCUCCAGAGGUCCUGCAGGUUUACCUCGAUCCGUGGUUCAUGCCUCCCUCCCGCCACCCACAAGGACGGCCCCAGGACCCCAAAGGCUUUCGCUUGAGAGGCACAGGCGAUAGGGCACCCACUUUCCUCGCACAGUACCACUUUCAGCAUGAGCUUUCGCCUCAUGUACUUGAACGGGCUGGACUUUACGGGGCUUUGCUUGCCAUAGGGGAUUCUGUGAGGUUUUUUAGUGGGGUUGAGAUCGCCUUACUGCACUGUGCUACCGGUUCGGUGUGGCUUCCAAAAGACGAUCGCAUACAGAUGCGAGCCCUCGGCAACGGCUUGUCGCCGGUCCACGCGGUUUUUCCGCUAACGCUUGCCCUGCAGAUCCUCGGGCCGCCGGAGAUCAAGAUCUCAACAGCUCAGGCCCUUCUGAAGUGCCUCUCCUUGCGGCUCCGGGCCAGCAAGCUUGAGUUCCUUGAGUUCCCUACCGGGUGGGUUAUGAGUAGGACCGGUGAGCAACUACAGUCCUUCCUCGCGGUCUUUGAUACGUGGCAGCCCCGUCAGUGCAUUCCAGGACCGGAGUCCAACUUCAGUUGCAUCCUGCUCCGCUCAGAGGCUGACACUUGUUAUUUUGCCUUAGCCCCAGAUGUGCCACUUGCCGCAGUCUUGCUUGCGUUGGGGCAAAACCUCCCGGAGGAAGGCCUUUCCCAGCUUGGGCCGGUGCCUGCUCUUAACGGUUGCCUUCCUGAUACUCAGACCUUUCCUGAGGAGGCCUGCCUCGAGGUUGAGUCAUUGCCAGCCCUCCCGCUUCUUCUGCAACAGGUCGGUCAAGUGUCGGGCCAAAACCUCCUGAUGGCCACAGGUCGUUCUGCUUACUAUUUCUUGAACCGCGCGAGCCCGUUCUUUAUCUGGGAACUGUCCCAGGUGAUGGGUCUUGAUGGAUGGCAGGAGGCUUGUUUCUUUGAGACAGAUCGGUGGUACACUUUCGAAGGCCACUUCAUUGUUGAUCGGGUUGACUUGCAGGGAACCGUGGCUUUUCGCAUUGUUGAUCUGCUGGCUGACACGCCAUUCUGUAUCAGCCUGGAACAGCUGCAGUGUUUUGAGGUCCGGAGCCCUGCUGGGCCCCCCAGAAUACGGAUAUCAGGUGAACAAACGCUGGCCCUUUGCAAGUCCUUUCCUGUCUCAGUUUUCCUGGCCGCCGGCUGGGCGGUCCACCUGGUACCUGGCUUGUCGCCCGAACAGGAAGUCCAGGCCGAUAUCAUUUUCGUACCUCGACGCCACAGACUUCGUAUGCCUGAGCAUGAGGUCAUCUUCAUGUGCCACCGGCUGCUUUUAGUGGGCCUCCUGAGGUCCAUUGAAGCCACUGCAGUUGCCAAUGAAGGGGAUCUGGUGAGUACCAAGGUUCAGCUCGAGGGCCGCACCAUGUGGCUUGGCAGGCUCCCAGCCGACCUGACUUUUGAGGACCUGGCUGAUCUUUGGGAGCAAGCCGGCCUGGCGGUACGGUCUUUGCGGCCAGUGCGUGUUUACUCCGGGCCUCGCCAGGUCGCGGACGCCUUGACUUUGCAGCAGGCCAGUCUCGGUCCUGGGGCCCCUGGCUUCGUGUCUAAGGGGGGCUUCUUGCUUAUCUCUUUCAUGCCGGAGACAAGAGGUGGAGGUGCCAAAGAUGAAAAGUUCCGGGCCACCCAGACUAACCUUGCGCAACUUUUUUUGGACAAAGGGCUCCCCCUCAGCCAAACCACGGCAGCUGUGGAUCGUCUUCUGGCCCAGGCUGGGGUGUCCAGGAUUCAGCGUGCACUGGAGCUGACAGAUGGGACAAAUCGUUGGGGCCAGGUGCAGGCCUUGUGUGACCAAUUUGCAGUUACUCUGCCAGAGCAGACCACCAGGACCGCCAAAGCUGCCACCCAGGUUCAGCAGGAAGCUGCUAAGCGCAAUGGCCGCCCCGGCCCCAGGCCCAAAGCUUCAGACUUCGUCCUCACACCGGGGUUCUUUCGAAAUGAGGACAGUACCAAUGCCAGAAUACUGUCCCAGCUUGUGCCGGGUGCCAGCGGUGUUCUACUUUGUGACAGCCAUGACGCGCCACGCCUGUUGGCCACUUGGAAGGACCAGUCUCCUGACGAGCUCGGCCUGGUCGUCCUUGGCCAUGCCUGCCCAGAUGCAUCCUCCUGCAAGGGCCACAUAGGUGUCCCAGCACAAACUUCCACGGGCGAAUCAGUGUUGCUCCAUGCUUGCUGGCAUGACAUGGGCGGCAGCCCCCUCCAUGUACAAUGCGCUAAUGACGCUACUGUCGCCCUGCCAGAGGACAUCUGCGUUUGUCUGUCAGUGUAUAAAGAUGAGGUUCGCGCCACUGACUGGGAAACCUACGUGGCUAAUCCUGUUCGCGCUGUUGCUGACCAUAUGCGCAACAGUGGUUUCCGGGCGCGUCUUGAAGCCCCUUUCGGCCGCAGCUUUCGUCUGGAUGGACGCCCGAGCCAGCCAUCUGCCUGCACAUCGGUUCAGUUCCAUUGCAGGGUGCCCCGCAGCGAGCUGCUGCCUCUCCUCAGGUUGUCUGGCCACACACAUGUCUAUGUGACGCCCAAGACUUGGCAGCAGGAGGUGCUUCCGGGAUUCGCCGUGGUGUGGGCCCCAGGCGCCAAAGAUGAGAUUGUUCAGCUUUGUCUUAGGGUUCCCGAGCCCCUCGGACUGGUCCGGUCAAAGUCCCGCUUAGGGAUCAGGGUCGCGGAGGCCAACUUCAAGGAGGCUUGGUCUGUAGUGCGCCCGGAUCAGGAAGCUCCGCCAAAGGUUGAGGUGACAGGUCUCUACAAGCUUUCCUCGGCUCCCCCGCAACUGCGCUCAGCAGACAUACAGGCCUGGGCCCACCAGAUGAAGUGGCAGGUUCGCCCCUUGAGAUGUUUGGCCCCUGGCCAGUGGCUGCUUGGAGCAAGCGGUCCUCCGCCCGAAGGCCUGCUCAGUAUGAACCAACAAGCCGUUCUCGUCCAGCCUGUUGAACCCCGACAGGGCAGUAAGCCAGUUCUCAGGGCGGGCCGUAUGCCGGCCGCAUCACAAGCCGCUGCCCUUACUGAUGCUGUCGACCCAUUGGAGGCAAAUGACCCAUGGAAAAAAUACUUGAAUCAGCAGGCAGGGUCGCGCAACAUUGCUGCAGCACAACCCCCGGCCCCGCGUGCCCCGGUUCCUCCCAAUCAGCAGCGCUUUGAUCAGCAGGAGACUAGGUUGCAACAGUUGGAGGCCGGCCUUGCAGAGGUUCGCCGCGGCCAUCAGGCGGUGACACAGCAGCUUGCCCAUACCCAGGCGGCAGUAGAGCAACAGGUGGACAUGGUCAAAGGCGACCUCAGCACUUUCGCAGUCGAGUUCCGCGCCCAGCUCCAGGCCAAUGCUGAGUCCCAGCGUGUUGCACAGGUUGCUCACCAACAGCAGUUUCAGCAAGGUCUCGAUGAGAUCAAGGCCCUUUUGGCCUCCUCCCCUCGCCCGCGUGCCCUUCACCCAGGACCUCCACUGCCAGCAGACGCUCUUUCCGUUACCCUUGCUGUGAUCAAUCCUACCACCAUUCUCGACAAAGAGUGGAAUGUUAAUGAGGUCAAGAUAAUUUCUGUUUACGGGGUCCCGCGCUGCCUUCCUUCUGCCGCGGAGAAAAACAACUUGCUCUUGGCCUGGGCCUUUCAGAGGGCCACCGUUUCCUGUGUUCCCGCGUUGGUGGCUGGGGAUUUCAAUACCAGCCCUACAGAGUUGCCUUCCUGGCAGGCCUUUGCUGACCUGGGGUGGAUUGAGCUUGGUGCUUUUGCAGCCCAGUGUCAUGACGUGCACCUGCCGUGCACAUGUAAAGGAGCCACGAGAUUUGACACUUUCCUCCUGCCUCCGUGUCUGUACCAGUACUUUCAAUCGGCUGAUGUCCUCACAGACAGACACUUGUUUGAUAGCCAUGCGCCAAUGCGGCUCCGUCUUCAACUACCCUCUCGUGGGGUCCCCCGCUGGAUUUGGCGCCUCCCGCAGUCCUUUGCUGAUUUGGUUGACAAGCCGCAGGCCCUCUCGCCGGCUUAUCAGGCGUCGUCCCAACAGGUCAGGCUAGCAUUUGGGCCAGAGGUGCCCGAAACUUGCGAGGGCGAUAAACUCCGCCUCUGGUCCGCAACGGUUGAGGCUGCUGUCUCUGAUGUGCUCCACAACGCUCAUCUUACUGACCCCGCUCGCAACAGACUCAAAGCACUGCCCAAGCGACAUCGUGGCCGUUGCCGUGAAACUGUGCGUCAACAGGCGGCUCCACCGCACCUUCCUCGCCCCGGGCGACAAGGCGAUCCUGAGGCUUUUGAUGAGGAUACAUCUGUUCUGGGUCGACAGAGACUUCGUCAGUGGCGUCGCUUGCAUACUUUCCUGCAGGGCUUGACCAAGUUUCAGGCCGAUCGCUUUCGUGGUCCCUUGGCCCCCGAUGGCUGGCCCUGUUCUCUUCACCUUGAAUGGCGCGCCAUAUGUCGGGCCGCCGGCUAUGGCAUUUCCUUUAGUGACUGGGUCCUCCAAUGGCCUUGCUUUGUCUUCUUUCCCACAGAGAGGCCCAACCUUGACUAUGUUAGGGACCUCACGUCCUUCGUCAGGUUUGAUGUUGAGGCCCUUCAGCGGCAAAACGUGGCAGUGAAAGCCAAGCUGUUCAAGUUCCGGCUUCACGUGGAUGCUAAAGACUUUGGGGCCGCGCGCAGCUUUGUUCGGGUCAAACCUGCCCAGAAUCCUCCCUUCACAUGUGUCCGCCACAGCUCUGAGCAACAAGUGACCCUGAAAGACCGGCACAACUAUCACCUCUGUACUUUUGCCGCCCGCCACGAGCGCUGGCUCGAGCUCCACAGCCAGGUGUUUUACGCCCAGGUCCCGGGUCAGGUGACUCAGGUUUCUCCCGGUGCUGUCACAGUGUUGUUUGAUACCGCUGAUGACUGCGUGUUGCCUGCAACAGGCCGCCUCUGUCGCUACCAGCAGGACAGCUCAUGGCAAGGCGUGGUGGGUUCUCUAAUGGAGUUCUGGAGCCCGAUCUGGAAUCGGGAUUCCUCCCAACAGGAGGCUGACAUUGCGGCCUGGCCCAAGUUCCAGCAGCUGCUCCAAACAUGUGGGCAACCAGGUUUUGAGGUCCCCGUCGAUCUGCUGGCGGUCGAUGCCUGGCAACAUGUCGCCAGAAAGCUUUCGCCUCGCAAGGCGCGUGGCAUCUGUGGCUGGCACAACGCUGAGCUCCGCAUCUUGCCUCGUGCAGCCCUUUCCGAUUUGGCUUUCAUACUGCACCACAUGUCGCCCUCCGGCUUUCCAGCAUCGCUUCUCAAGGCACGGGUGGCGGUCUUAAGCAAAGUUGCCGCACCGUCUCACGCCGCCCAGGCCCGCCCCAUCACUGUGCUUAGCUGCAUUUAUCGUCUUUGGGCCAGAGUCCUGUGCACACAAGUCCUUGCGGUUUGGAGCUCUAAGCUGCCCCCGGCAAUUUCUGGUUGCCUCCGUGGCCGUUCUGCUUUGGACUUGGCUUAUGCGGUCCAAGCCGAAAUCGAGGCCUGUUUGUUGUACCAAGAGGAUCUUUCCGGUUUGUCAUUGGACCUCCGCAAAGCCUUUAACUACUUGCCACGGGCACCAAUUUGCCAGCUCCUACAGCAUCUCGGCGUCCCGCCUCAUGUCUGUCACUUUUGGCAAAAAUCUUUGGCCAAGGUCUGCCGCACCUUCCAAAUCAACCAGAGCCUGGGCCCGGACCUCCCUUCAACAACCGGCGCCCCGGAAGGAGACCCUACCUCGGUGUUGGCCAUGAUCGCCGUCUGCUGGUGUUUUGUUAGCCUCCUGCAAGGGCUGGUGCAGCCUCGUGCCUACGUUGACAAUUGGUCCUGGACGGCUGACGCCCCUGAUAAUCACGGACCUGCCUUGCUCAUUUUGCAGGACUUGACCGAAAGCCUCUCUCUACAAGUUGAUUGGGCCAAGACAUACGUCUGGGCUCUCCAGAACAGCUCCAAAAGCUGGUGGCGGGCUCACAGCUCCACCUUCGUCCCCUCGGGUGUCCAACUUACGUUGGUGGAUCAAGUUCAGGAGCUGGGCUCCCUUUUCACGUUUGGCCGCAGAACUUGCAGUGGAGCUUUUGGCGGAAAGUGUCAGGCGGCACUUGGUCGUCUUCAGAGCCUUGCCUCUGAUCCACAAGGGCUGCCGGUCCGGGCCAAAAUCGUGCAAAGUGGCAUUUGGCCCUUCCUUUUCUAUGGCACCGAAGCAUGCCUCCCUUCCCGUUCCACAAUUUCCAACCUACGCAGCUCCGCUGCCCGAGCAGUUGUGGGGGAUCAUAAGACAUUGUCUGCCUGGGCUGCACUUUGCUUUUCCCCGGGGGUGCAAGAUCCAGAGGUCUUCCUGCUAUGUCAUCAUCUCAGUCAGCUGCGCAGGUGCUUUGCGAUUGAUCCGGCGACGGCCGAAACAGUUUGGUCUCAGGUCGCAGGCACAGUAUCGAUUCCAGACCGGGCUGUAUGUGGCCCUGCGGGCUCCCUGCAGAAUCUUUUGCACCGCAACGGCUGGACCUUCCACAUCUCAGGUACGUGUCGUGGGCCCUUGCACCAAGCCUUCAACAUACGGCUCACCAGCAUCAAGGGCAUCCGCAGCGCCGUCUGUGCUGCAUGGGCCGAUACGGUUCACGACAACAUAUGCCAUCGGAAUGGCCUGCGCUUUGCACCGAUGCCUUGCCUGUCUGAGACACAAAAGGUUUUUGCCAAGUUUAGGCCGUGGGAGCUUAAGUUCCUUGCCAAGCACUACAGCGGUGGCUUCAUGUCGGGAGCCGAACGCAACACAUGGUCCAGAGAGGAUACUGAGUUUUGCCCGCUUUGCUCGGCUGUGGAUUCCAAGGCCCAUCGCCUCUACAAGUGCCCCGCCCUCUUUGAACAACGAGCUGCUCACCAGGAUACAUUGGAUUGGGUGCAAGAGCACAGGCCCCAUUGGACCCACCUGGCCUACGUUGCCUGGCCUGAUGAGGCCUCCUUACUGCAGCUGUUGUUGCGGCAAAUGGGUCCCCCAGCUUUGCCGCCGCCUCCCGCUCCUGUCGACUGUCUGUGCCUGUUUACAGAUGGCAGUGCGCUUCAAACCAACAAUGUCAUGGGACGACUCACGGCUUGGGCUGUCGUUGCGGCCCCACGCCCCAGCAACGCCCCGGAAAUCCAGCCAUGGCAAGUGGAACCUUCACGCCUCGUCGCUUCAUUUGCCAUUGUCGCACAGGGUUCUCCCGCUGGUGCCCAAACUGUGCCCCGUGCCGAGCUAGCGGCAAUUGCCUGGGCCAACAACUGGUGCGCUCAAUGUCCGGAGCAGGUGGUGGAGCUGUACAGCGAUUGCCAGUCAGCCAUUGAUCUUUGGACUGACUGGACCGUUGCAGGUUGGGAUGCUAUUUCGCGUCGUUGCAAUGCUGACCUACUGCAGCACGCCGUGCCCCGGGCCAACUUGUGCGUUUACAAGGUCAAAGCUCAUCGACAGCAGGCCGAGCUGGCCGACAUGACGGCAUGGGAGCAAUGGCUGACAGCCGGUAAUGAGGCCGCGGACUCCGCGGCCAAAGCAGCAUGCAGCAACAUUCCCUCGCUGGUGCAGGAUACAGCCAGACGCGUGGCCGCAGUAAGCUCCACAGAUUCCCGUUACCUAUACGCUUUUUGCAAAGCCAUUUUGGCCAUUGGUCCGGUUGACGCUCAGCUUCGGAGUGCCGUGCGCACCCGCGUGCAACAGGAAUCGGACGAACAGCAAUGGUCUUCCUUGGCAGUUUUCUUGGAGCGCAUUCGGGAGUGGCGAAUCCCCUCACCGGGGUCCUCGUCCCUACCGGAUAUAUGGGAAGAAAAUUGGGUGGGAUGGACUUUUGGUCCACGGUAUGGGGCCAAACUUCUUGCAUGGAUCGAGCAACUACGGUGGCCAACAGCACCGGUUGAACCACAACAUGAUCAUCACAUCUCUUAUUUUGAGCUUCUGCUGAGCUUUGUUACGACGAUGUCGGUGGUGCCUAUCGUGGAGGACAGCGCGUCCCCCGGCAGGUACUUGCCAGUUACAACUGCUAAUCACCGUCUUCGUCACGUUACACUUCGCAUGCUGACGGAAUGUUUUCGUGCGUCUCUGAAACGUUUAGGAUCCCAACUUGAUUGCGACCUUUUGCGAUUCACUGAAGUCACUGACAUAACUUACAUGCGGCUCCUGCACAUUCCAGCACCGUGUCCAGGUCUUUCGGGUCGGCCCCAGCUACCGGGCAGUGCUUGGUUCGAGCUAUUGCAGGAUGUGGUAGCGGCUGAAUUGCCAGUUUUACGGCUCAUAACCAGAUGUGCCGAUUUUGAGGUGGCAUGA